ACGCAGCAGUCCGUAUUAGCUUUCCGUGUGCGACUAUAAAAUCGCUUGUGGGAAGCGACUCGCUUCAUUUCGCCCGCCUCGCAUGGAAGUUCCACUUGAAUAGAGGCACAGUCUCCGUAAUCGACCGAAGAAGCAACAUGGAAGACGGCUUUUCCAGAAGCGGGGACGCCAAAGUGGACCGGGCUGUCACACAAUGGUUGCGAUAUGACAAGAAUCCGAAGACUGUGUGCGCGGUGGAGAAGCUGCUGGAAGACGGCGCGGUGGAGACGCUCAAGAAAUGUUUCUCAUCCAGGAUGGCGUUCGGAACGGCGGGUCUGAGGGCAGCCAUGGGCCCCGGGGUGGCCCGCAUGAACGACCUCACCGUCAUCCAGACGACGCAGGGUUUGUGUCGCUACUUAGAGGACAGUUUUGUGAACCUGAAGGAGCGAGGAGUGGCGAUCGGCUACGACGCCCGAGCCCACCCGCCCAGCGGGGGCAGCAGCAAGCGGUUCGCCCGACUGGCUGCCGCCGCGUUCAUCGGCCGAGGGGUUCCUGUGCACCUCUUCUCUGACAUCACCCCCACUCCGUUCGUGCCUUUCACAGUUUCACACCUGGGUCUGUGUGCUGGUAUCAUGGUGACCGCCUCGCACAACCCCAAAGAAGACAAUGGCUACAAGGUAUACUGGGACAACGGUGCCCAGAUUGUGUCCCCUCACGACAAAGGCAUCUCAAAGGCCAUAGAGGAGAAUCUGGAGCCUUGGUCAGAGGCCUGGAAUACAGAGGCGGCCCUGAUGAGCCCCCUGCUCAAGGACCCGCUUGAGGACAUCCACACACACUACUUCAAAGCCAUCCAGAAACACUGCCUUCACAGGGAAUUAAACAAGAGCUGCGAGGUGAAAAUCGUACACACGUCGGUGCACGGCGUCGGCCACGCAUUCGUGCGGUCUGCGUUCGAGGCCUUCGACCUUCGCCCGCCGUACGCUGUGGCCGAACAGAAAGACCCGGACCCCGAGUUCCCCACUGUCAAAUACCCCAAUCCUGAGGAGGGAGAGGGAGUUCUGAACCUCUCCUUCUCUUUGGCUGCGACGGUGGGGGCCACUGUAGUGCUGGCCAACGAUCCCGAUGCGGAUCGACUGGCUAUCGCCGAGAGGCAGGAGAGCGGACAGUGGCGAGUUUUCAGCGGGAACGAGCUGGGAGCGUUACUAGGCUGGUGGAUGUUCCACUGCUGGAAAGAGCAAAGCCCUGACGUUGGUGCUGUGAAAAACGUCUACAUGUUGGCCAGCACCGUCUCAUCCAAGAUUCUGCGAGCCAUCGCCCUCAAGGAAGGCUUCCACUUUGAGGAAACACUGACAGGGUUCAAAUGGAUGGGAAACCGAGCCAGAGACCUUUUAGAUCAAGGCAAGACUGUUCUGUUUGCCUUUGAGGAGGCCAUAGGCUACAUGUGCAGUCCCUCAGUGUUGGACAAAGAUGGAGUGAGCGCUGCUGCAAUAACAGGAGAGAUGGUUUCCUACCUGGCAUCGAAACAUAAAAGUCUUUCUCAGCAACUCGCAACCAUCUGUGAAGAGUACGGCUACCACCUCAGCAAGAACUCUUACUUCAUCUGCCAUGACCAGGAUGUGAUCCGCGGCCUGUUUGAGCGGCUGCGCAACUACAGCGGCGACGGCGCGGACUCCUACCCGAGCAAAUGCGGCGCCUUCUCCGUCGCCGCUGUCCGCGACCUGACCACCGGCUUCGACAGUAACCAGUCCGAUAACAAGGCUGUCCUUCCCACCUCCCGUUCCAGUCAGAUGAUUACGUUCACCUUCUCCAACGGGGGCGUGGCCACCAUGAGAACCAGCGGCACCGAACCCAAAAUCAAAUACUAUACCGAGCUGUGUGCAGCCCCUGGUAACGGUGAUUUGGAGCAGCUGAAGAAGGAACUGGACCAACUGGUCGACGCCAUCGUUGAAAACUUCUUUGAGCCACAGAAGAACAAACUGCAGCCAAAGCCAGAAUAGAACUGAUGUGAUAAAACACGCGAUAUGUCAAAUGCACGUGAUUUUUCAUUCAGAAUCGGCAUCGCACAGACCAGAGGACCAGUGGCAACGACAGCGGCGUUCCGUAUGUCUGGAAUCGCAUCAAAAGCAAUAUUAUCUUAAAAGGUAUUUAAGGAGGUUCUUUUUGAAAAUAAAAAGUCUUCAUUUUCAUACUGUAAAUGGAUUUUGGAGCUUU